AAUUAGCAUUUUAUCUACAAUGAUGCCAUUGUCAUUGUUCUUCUCCCCAUCUCUCAUUUCCCGUUUCAGAGUUCAUCUUUUCACAUUCUUGAGAUCACGGUGCCCAAAGUAUACAUACUUUCCACAACCUACUACUCAUGUCUUAUUCAAAGAAGCCCUCAUUCUAUUGGAAACGAAAUACUCAAUUUAUUGGAUAUGAAAGUAAGCUAUCGCGCCCCCCUUCUAGAUCCCUGUACAACCGCACAAGGAGUGAUAACCAAAAGGAAGAAAUAAACGGAGAAAUUAUAUCACGCGCCCCUUCUCGAUCCUUUGAUAACCGCACAAGGAGUGAUAGACACAAUGAAAAGUUAGAUGGAGCAAUUCCACUUUCUUUAGUAUCGCGGGUGCCUUCAAAAUCCUUGGACAAUCACAAAAAGAGUGAUAAACAAAAGGAAGAACUAGAUGAAGCAAUUGAAAUUUCUUUUGCUGAACCUUUAAGGAAACCGGAUGCAUAUAAGUGGCAAUCAGGUAAUGAUAAUGAUCUUGCAAAAUCACAUCAAAAUGACUUUCAUCCAUCAAACCCUCCAUAUGUACCCAAGGGAUAUAGGGUAUGUGGUGGCUGCAACCGUAACAUUAAUUACGGCAAUUACUUAGGUUGCAUGGGGAAGUAUUUUCAUCCAGAGUGCUUCCGUUGUCAUGCUUGUAGUUACCCGAUCACCGAAAACGAGUUCUCUUUAUCAGGAAAAGAUACAUACCAUAAGACUUGCUUUAAAGAGUUGACUCAUCCCAAAUGUGAAGUGUGCUUUCAAUAUAUUCCCUUAAAUGGAGAUGGAUUAAUCGAGUAUCGAUUACACCCAUUUUGGUCCCAAAAAUAUUGCCCAGCACAUGAGCUUGAUAAUACAGCUCGAUGUUGUAGUUGUGAACGACUUGAGCCGGUGAAUGUAAGAUACAUCUCAUUGGGAGAUGGAAGGAGUUUAUGUUUAGAGUGCAUGGAGUCUGCAAUAAUGGAUACAGGAGAUUGUCAACCACUUUAUCAUUCCAUUAGAGACUAUUAUGAAGGAAUGAACAUGAGAAUUGAUCAACAAAUUCCCAUGCUUCUUGUUGAAAGACACGCCCUCAAUGAUGCUACCACAAGGGAUAAAAACGGGUUCCAUCGUUUGCCUGAGACAAGGGGUAUUUGCCUUUCUGAAGAGCAGACUGUUGCAAGUAUUCAAAGAAGGCCGAGCGUUAGUGGUCAUCGGUUGGUGGGAAUGAGAACUCAACCUCAGAAGCUCACUCGCAGAUAUGAAGUUACUGCCAUUCUUGUUUUGUACGGCCUUCCAAGAUUACUAACUGGAGCCAUUCUUGCUCACCACUUGAUGAAUGCCUGGUUACGUCUUAAAGGUUACAGGAACCUAAAUCCUGAGGUAGAAGCAGGUAUCUGUCAAGUGCUUUCAUAUAUGUGGCUCGAAUCAGAGAUCAUGUCUGGAUUAAAAAACAUGCCAUCAUCAUCAUCAACAUCAAAGAAAGGUGGGAAAUCAGGAUGUGAGAAUAAAUUAGGUGAAUUUUUCAUGUAUCAUAUAGCUCAUGAUGCAUCACCAGUAUAUGGAGGAGGGUUUAGAGCUGCAAAUGCAGCUGUUAAUACAUAUGGCUUACGAAGAACACUGGAUCAUAUUCGCCUUACUGGAAACUUCCCUCUUUGAGGUUUUGCACAAAUAGCUCUUGAGGAUCUAAAGGAUUGACAAUGUGAAAGAAAAUGAAAAUGAGAGAGUUGGCCUUGAUUGCUUUUUAAUUAAUAAACCUGAAAAGGGAUUUGUUUCUGCCAUUGUUAUCGUGGUUUUCUGUUUUUGAAAAUUUUUAUGAACGUGUGGGUGACCUCAAACUAUUAGCUAUGGUGUGGCAUAAAAAAUGGAUUUGUUUCUCUAAA